CGCCUCCCUGUCCCCCCGCAGCGGCGGCGACUGCGGGGCAAGAUGCCGGAGCAGAGCAACGAUUACCGCGUGGUGGUGUUCGGCGCCGGCGGCGUGGGCAAGAGCUCGCUGGUGCUGCGCUUCGUCAAGGGGACCUUCCGCGACACCUACAUCCCCACCAUCGAGGACACGUACCGGCAGGUGAUCAGCUGCGACAAGAGCGUGUGCACCCUGCAGAUCACCGACACCACCGGCAGCCACCAGUUCCCGGCCAUGCAGCGCCUGUCCAUCUCCAAGGGCCAUGCCUUCAUCCUGGUCUUCUCGGUCACCAGCAAGCAGUCGCUGGAGGAGCUGAAGCCCAUCUACCAGCAGAUCGUGCAGAUCAAGGGCAGCGUGGAGAGCAUCCCCAUCAUGCUGGUGGGCAACAAGUGCGACGAGACGCAGCGCGAGGUGGAGAGCAGGGAGGGGGAGGCCAUGGCCAAGGAGUGGAAAUGCGCCUUCAUGGAGACCUCGGCCAAGAUGAACUACAACGUCAAGGAGCUCUUCCAGGAGCUGCUGAACCUGGAGAAGAGGAGGAACGUCAGCCUCACCAUCGAUGGGAAGCGCUCCAGCAAGCAGAAGAGGACAGACAAAAUCAAGGGGAAGUGCAGCAUCAUGUAGAGCCCCGGACUGGCCCGCGCCCCCCUCCCCACUCCGGAUACCCCCCGCUCCCUCCUCCCCCCCACGGCUGGACGUGGCAGUGGCACCGCAGCGGGACCGUCCCCUCGUCCUCCGUGUGCCAUCACUGUGACUGUGCCCGGGGCCGGGGGUGAAGACGGGGCCGAGCCCAGGGACACGCGGCCACCCCCGCCCCGGGCACGGCAGGAGCGGGGACUCGCCACCGGCACGGCCGGAGCGCCCCCCGCAAUCACAGCACAACCGGUGCCACCGGGCCCGGCCGCCCUCGGUCCUCGUGGGAGGGAAGGACGGUGCCACGUGGGGGUGGCGGUGUCACCCUUGGGGACAGUCCCGCGUGUCCCGGACCCCCCCCCUCCCUCGCGCCCCCGGCCCCACGCCAUAGCGCUCUGCUCCUGCGGGCAGAGACCCGGGGCGGGGGCAGCCC